AACAUAUAGCAGGCCUAGCAGUGCCGUUCUGGAAAGGGCGGGAGAGGGGAUGAGGACGAGAGGUGGCAGCGGAUUCGCCGGCCUGCAGGUGGCGUGCGUCGUCGCCGCCCUGUGCCUGCUCCUGCCGACGGGGAGCCGCGCCCAACUGCAGGUGGGGUUCUACAACACCUCCUGCCCCAACGCCGAGGCGCUCGUGCGUCAGGUCGUCACGGCUGCUUUCGCCAACAACUCCGGCGUCGCACCCGGGCUCAUCCGCCUCCAUUUCCAUGACUGCUUCGUCAGGGGUUGCGAUGCCUCCGUGCUCCUGUCCGUGAACCCCGCCGGCGGCAAAACGGAGCGUGAGUCCCCGGCCAACGACCCGAGCCUGCGCGGCUUCGACGUGAUCGACGCCGCCAAGGCCGCCGUGGAGCGGAGCUGCCCACGCACGGUGUCGUGCGCCGACGUCCUCGCGUUCGCGGCCCGCGACAGCGUCACCCUGACGGGCAACCUCUUCUACGACGUGCCAGCGGGGCGGCGGGACGGCCGCGUGUCCAACGAGACGGAGGCCAACGACAACCUGCUGGGGCCGGACAGCACGGCGGAGAUCCUCAUCGACGGCUUCGGGAAGAAGAACCUGAGCAUCGAGGACAUGGUGGUCCUGUCCGGCUCCCACACCAUCGGCCGCUCCCACUGCUUCUCCUUCCUGUCCACCAACCGGCAGCGGCUGGCCAACGGGACCAUAAGCCCAGCGUACCAGGCGCUGCUGGAGGCGCUGUGCCCGCCCAACCCGGGCCAGUUCACCCCCAACACCACGGAGAUCGACGUCAGCACGCCCACCGUGCUGGACAACAACUACUACAAGCUGCUGCCGCUCAACCUGGGCCUGCACUUCUCCGACGACCAGCUUAUCCGCAACGGCACUCUCGCGCCGUUCGCCAGCGCAUUCGCCGCCAACGAGACGCUCUGGAAGGACAAGUUCGCCGCCGCCAUGAUCAAGAUGGGCAACAUCGAGGUUAAGACCGGCACCACCGAUGAGAUCCGCCUCAACUGCAGCGUCGUCAACCCGUCGUCGUCGUCGUCCACCGCUGGGGUGAUCGAGAUGCUGUUCCCUGCAGCCGACGAGGUUGCCACGAGCUCAUGACUGAUCGAAAAAAUAUAUCCACUCGUGUUAAUAACGCGCGUGCGGAGUACGUACAUAUCUUCGCCUUUGUACGUACGUGGACCUCGAUUGUUUGCUGCGCGCACAGUCGUACUGAACUGGGUUUGGUUUGUGGGUGUGGUGAAAG